AUGGGCUGCAUGGCCAACUAUAUCAUCACCAGACUCCAUCCCGAGUUUGCCGUGAAGGACAUGGGCCCUUUGCACUUCUUUCUCAAUGUCAACAUGCGACUUCAUGGUUUCGACUUCUUCCUGUCGCAGACAAAGUAUGCUGAGGAGCUCCUCGACCGUGUGGGGAUGCUACAAUGCAAGCCCAUCGCGACGCCGAUUGACACGAAUUUCCUCACCAUUACACGGCUCGACAUCGCCUACGCCGUCCAACAGGCAUGCUUGCACAUGCAUGACCCGUGGGAGUGCCACAUCGCCAUUGUCAAGCGCAUUCUGCGCUACAUCAGGGGCACUACAUCCCACGGCUUUCACUUUCGUGACACGACGUCGACGCCAAUGAUCAUCGCCUACUUGGAUGCCGACUAG